AUGACGUCGCCCCCGAUCGACCAGCAGCUCCUCUCGGACCCGGCGCCGAACCUGGAGGCCCCCGCGCCGCCCCCGCAGCGCGCGGGCCAGGACGGCACUGUCCCCUGCGAGGCACUCGACGACCCCUUCCUCGUGAAACCGUCGGAAAAGAAGGGCCUCACGCGACAGUACGCGCACAUCUACUUCCAGCGCCUCAUGCUCCUGGCCAAGGCGACCGCCGCGACGGCCGCGGCGCGCUGGCCGGGCGUGCCGCAGCAGCACAUUCUGCGCGUGCAGGAGGGCGAGGAGUGCUUCGUCGUCGGCACUAUAUAUAAGGAAGGCAAACUGAAACCUUCAGUCUUGGAUGAGUAUCUGAAAGGAGGCCUCAGCGGACAAUCAGGCCUCAGCGGACAAUCAGCGCUCGGCGCGAAGCUCACGGAGGAGAACGACACGCUCGUCAUGGAGGACGAGGGCGCGCGCAUGGCGCUCACGGGCGACCUCGACGCCAGCAAGCUGCCCACGGGGGUCGUCAUCGCCGCGCGCGGCACCAACGACGGCCGCAGCUUCCACGUCGUCGACCACUGCCUCCCGGGCCCCGCCCCGCAGCGGGCCCUGGCCCAGCCGCGGACGCCCGACGGCGAGGACGUGCUCGUCGCCCUGGUGUCGGGCAUCGCGACCGUGGACGGCAGCGGGGACUCGCUCCGGACGCAGCUCAUGGUCGACUGGCUCAUGGGCGCGCUCGGCGGCGCGCGCGACCACACCAUGCAGCGUCGCGUGGCGCGCGUCAUCGUCGCCGGCGCCCUCGCGCCGUCCGUGGCGGACCAGCCCGCCGCGGCGCCCGCGCAGACCUUCGGGACCGCGGGGCCCGCCGCGUCGACGGCGUCGUGGCGGGACGUCGACCGCAUGCUGACCGAAAUAGCCUCGUGCGCACCGGUGGACGUCAUGCCGGGGCCGUGGGACCCCGCGAGCCACUCGCUGCCGCAGCAGCCGCUCCACGCGGUGCUGCUGCCCGCGACGAUGGGCUUCGAGUCGGCGAGGCUCUCGACGAACCCGCACGGGCUGUCCGUGGGGGGGGUGUUCCUGUUGGGCACCGCGGGGCAGAACGUUCACGACUUGUACCGCUACACGAUGGGGGAGUCCCGCUGCGGGCUCCUCGCGCGGACGCUGCACUGGCGGCACCUCUGUCCGACCGCGCCGGACACCCUCGCGUGCUUCCCGUUCGCGGACCGCGACCCGUUCCUACUCCAGGAGUCCCCCCACGUGCUGUUCGCGGGGGGCAUGCCGGCGUACGAGGCCGACAGCGUCGCGACGGGGAACGGGAGCUGCCGCGUGGUGUGCGUGCCGCGCUUCGUCGAGACCGGCGAGGUCGUGCUGCUGAACCUGGCAACGUUGGAAACGCAGACGUUGCGCUUCUCCACGCCGGAGCUCGGCGAGGACGUGUGA